AACUCCGAAACCCUAAUCCUAAUUCUCUCAGAAUCGAAGCCACUAACCGCAAGGCUCUCAUCCUUCGCCUCCCUUCAAGUUCAAGAGCACCGCGCCAUAAUUGCACUGCAACUGUUCGUGCAUUCGACGAACAAGAUUCCAACCCCGAAACCGAAACACUGCAAGAUGCUGAGGUCAACAAUUUGGGAGUCCAAGCCGCUCUCUCCAUGUUGAGGUUCUACAAAAGGGAGAUUUCACCAAUCUUGCCAAAAAGUUGUCGUUAUAUCCCAACUUGUAGCGAGUAUUCCAUGGAGGCUUACAAGAGAUAUGGAGUUGUGAAGGGUACCGUCUUGACAGCGUGGCGCCUCUGUCGCUGCAAUCCCCUCGGUGGGCAUGGAUAUGAUCCUCCUAGAUGGUUUGGCGAAACUAGUCCGCGUGAAGAACUUGAUGACUGAAUGCUCGUUAUACAUACAUAAUCAGCUGUUCUGUUAUAAUAUUAUAGGUUUUUGCCUUUUCAGGGUUCUUUCUUUGGAUUGAUCAUUGCCACCAAGCACCAAUUUAGCAUUUGAAGUCCUUAUAUGUGCUAAUGUGAACUUGUAAUAACUUCAUUUAUUUAUUUUUUUGGUGUGGCUUUGUAAGAAUGCAGUUGUUCUGUUGUUGACUUCUUGUAGUCUUAUUGAAAUUGGAGUGAGAAGAUCUAUGUCCAUAACAGGAACUGGGAAGAAACAUUGCUGAUGAUAAUCAACUGAACAUAUUUGUUUGAA